ACGGCGAGCAGACGACAGCGUGCGACGGUCAUGGGACUCUACAACAGGUGAACAAGAGUAUGGAUCUGGCGACCUAUGGGCGAGCAUCCAGGGGCCUUACGACUACAUCAUGACAUCGUUCCUUCUACCGCCGCACUCUACAUCCACUGACUCACUGAACAAGCCACCGAACCUGUCCUCCUCCCGAACCUCUUUGUCCACAUCGACGGCGGCGGCCCUCGCUUCCUUGACCACCAGCAACCCCUUCCCCGUGUUCACGCCCCAGCGCCCUACCACGAAGAACCCCUCGAUGCCCUUGGACCCCUCGAUGCCCUCGGACCCCUUGAUGCCCUCGGACCCCUCGAUGCCCUCGGACCCCUUGCCGCCCUCGGACCACCUCGAACUCUCCUGGGACCCCGACGAUAUCUUGGCUUCACUCGCCAACUACCGACAGUGGAACACACGAGAUUUUCUGCUCGAGUACAGAAUGCUUUAUGUGUGGAUGAUUCAACUUCAGCUCAAGUGGUAUGCCGUCACGUCGCAAGACGCCGUACAGCGCAGGGCACAACACGAAGAGCUCCAGCGCUACUCCUACCUACGCGAGAUGUUCACGGAGCAAGGCAACCGCCUGCUGGCUGAGUCCCGUACCCGCGACUCUACUCCUACGUCUCCUACUGAAGGCGCUCCUACGUCUCCUACUGAAGGCGUCGGCAGCUCUGAAGUCCUCCAGACCUCCUUCACGAGCACCACUGCCGUCAUGGAAGGAUCUGCAGAAGUGGACUUCGUGGAGCCUGCAGUUCUGCAGCACAAACUUCGGUGUCUCGAGAGCAAGUGGCUGCAGCUUGAGGCCAGCGUCGCGCCUCCCUCCGCUGCUGGCGAGAAACAAAAUCCUUGCGUCUUCCGCUUAGACCUGGCGCUGGAAGAAGAGGUGCUGGUGACGUGGCUGGCAGAGAUACACAAUUAA